GAACCCCUGUAUAACUACUACAAGUACUAUCUAUAUACACAUAAAGAUUGUGUAAUGGAGAGAAUACAACAUAUAUCUAAUCACUUGACAAUGUCCGAUGUGUCAUCAACUGUAACUCAACAACAGCCACCAUUGAACUCAAACAUGUCCAAUCGUGCAAUACUCUAUCAAGAGUAUGACAAUGGAUGUAGAAAGAUCAUAUUAAACAGAGAGGAGGCACUACAUAGUCUUACAUUGGAGAUGAUACUUGAGAUGUAUAGAUUGCUCAAGUUAUAUGAGAAUGAUCCAAAGGUGAAGCUUGUUAUGCUUGUUUCAUCAGGUGGCAAGGCAUUCUGUUCAGGUGGAGAUCUUAAACAGUUCAUUACAAGAAGGGAGGUCGCACAUGAGUUGUUGAGCGCAGAGUAUAAGAUGGACUAUCUGAUACACACUUAUAACAAGCCAGUUGUAUCUAUUGUGGAUGGCAUUGUCAUGGGUGGAGGCGUAGGAGUGUCUAUACACGCAGAAUACAGAGUUCUGACAGAGAAGGUGGUCUGGGCAAUGCCAGAGAACAGCAUUGGAUACUUUACAGACGUUGGCACAAACUACUACACAUCUCGAAUGACUGGUGGAGUUGGACUAUACCUCUCGAUGACUGGAUCGAGGGUUGGCCUGAAGGAUGCCAUGCGUCUGUCCAUUGGAACACAUCAUGUCAAGAGUGAGCAUGUCCCCAUGUUGGUAGACGACCUCUGCGAGAAGGAGAUCAACGAUCGGCGUCAAAUACAGUUCAUUCUAAACAUGUGGAGGAAGUCAGUCCCCAUCGGACAACACGCCAAUGCCUCGAACAUGACACCACUCGAGAUCAAUCGCGAGUCAAUCCAACGAUGCUUUGACUGGCGCAUGACAGGUGCCACGACGGCCGAGAGCAUAAUCGAGUUGGUCAAGCAGGAGACUGCCACCAACCCCGAGUGGGCCAAUGCCACGCUGAAGAAGCUGGACCAUGCAUGCCCGCUGAGUGUAAAGGUGACGCUCCGAGCGAUACUGGAGUCAUCCACUCUGCCCAUCGACGAAGUGUUCAAGAUGGACAACAGGGUCGGCCGAUACCUGAUGGGCAGUCUGGACAAUGUACUAGUAGGUGUUCAAGGAGCACUCAUUAAUCGCAAGGGUCGUCCAGCCUGGUGGCCUGCCACACUCCAAGAGACCAGCGACGACUUGGUCGACCAGUGUUUCAAACAUUUGGAAGACUCCAAGGAGUUGGAU